UUUGCCAAUAAUUAUUGUAGCAAAAGAAAUUCGUUGCACUUGCAAGUAGUUACAGCACAAGAUGGGACAACGAACGGCCGACGUUCUGCGAAAUGAAAGAAGUUUGAGUUGAAAGGUUCAUGAUUUUGCAUGUACUGACGCCGAAAAUUGGCAGAUGCAAUGCCAUUCAGCUGCAGUAUACGUGGGUGCACGACAAAGCAAUCAAAGAGGUCUAGGGAGAAAGGACUGUAUUUGCUGACCUACCCACGAGGCAAGAAGCAGCGAGCAGCAUGGAUCGAGGCAACGGACAGAACAGACAUCGAAACGGGCGGUGUGUGGGAGCCAGGGCCCGAUGCAAGGGUUUGUUCCAGGCAUUUUGAAGGAGGUUGGGUGAGCAACAACUCCAAAGACGUCAACUUUAAGCCGACUUUAUUCCUGAAACCUGAGCCCCCACAAGCACAAGAGGAGGAAGAUAGUGUCGAUUCAGAGGGCGGAAAACAGAGAAAAGCUAAACGACAAAAGCUGACAGAAAAGGAAGGCGACCAAAGUGCCUGCACUUCAGAGGAGAAGGCCCUCAAAAUAUCUAUGAGCCAUCACUCCUACUGCGGACAACGUCUGUCAGCCAAGAAUAAAGAUUCUGGAGAUCCACUCCAAGGACGGAACGGUGAUGCAAACACAACAGAAGAGGGUCCCAAGUCCUUCGAUGAGCUGAAGAAAAAGAUCGCUGAGCUGGAGUACGAUCUACAAUGCCUGUCAUGGAGCUACAGGAAAAUUGAGGGUGACAACGCCAAGACCAAAUUCUACACAGGGUUGCCGACUUUCCACGUCUUCAUGUGGCUCUUCUCAUAUCUUGAAGCAAAAGUUUGGACCAUGACAGGUUCAGAGGAGAAUGACACCAGCAGCAAGUCUUCAGACAGAAAGGUCGUUUUUCCCCUCAUCGACCAGCUGUUUGCUACACUUAUGAGACUCCGCCUGGGCCUCCUCCUUCCAGACUUGGCCGACCGCUUCCGGGUAUCGAGGAGGAGGAUGGACAACACGGUAACGAUGUGGAUAUUUUUGCUGGAGAAGGAGCUACGAGCCCUGACUCCAUGUCCGUCGCGAGAGGCAGUGCGCCUGACCCUGCCACCUCAUUACCGGCGCAAGCAGGGCUUGAGAUUCCUGGUGGAGGGUGCUGAACUGCACAUCGAGUGCCCGUCCAACGUGUCCACCCAAUGCUACCAAAGACACAGGCACCACACAACUGUCCAAUAUCUGGUGGCCAUUUCCCCCACGGGCCUCAUCGCGUACGUCAGCGACGGGAUUUUUGGAAAGGCGUCCGGUGGAGAAAUUAUGCAACGAAGUAAAUUUCUAGCCCUGUUGGAGGAGGGCGAUCUGGUGCUGGCAGAUUCAGAUUUCAUGGUCCAGGAUUUGGUGACAGAAAGAGGGGCUGUGCUCCGCGUCCCGUCCAACAUGUCGGGACCGUUCAAAUGUCAGGUACAGAGUGCCAUAGGCAAGGUUAGAGCAUUCCGUAUUUUGGACGGUGUGAUGCCUCUGUCUCUCCAGAACAUGUUGGGGUCUGUAUUCAAGGUAUGCUGCUGGCUGUCCAAUCUCAGUGACUUCUUUGACUUGAUUAAACCCAAGUGAGAAAUAAGAGAUUGAGUACAGAAAACGGAAGACCUCCAAGGUUGGUUCAUACCCACCCUGAAAGUGAGCAAAGAUGCGAUUGUGUGACGUCAGACAUAUUUGCAUUGCACAUUCAUGUACUUAACAGUACUUGCGUUUGAAUCUAAUGUAUGUCACUGCAAACUAUUCAUGGCGUCGGUCGCUUCACUUUUGCAUUUGCCCCAAGUAUGAACUUGCGUUAUGUGGAGUUCAUUUGAAGUCCAUUCCCCAGAGCCCCCCAUCCAAGUGUACACAGCCUACGUUCAAAGCAAGUUAAUUUACUUUACUACACCUCAACUAUGCCCCCUCAGUAACUUCACACUUGUUACACCAUUGCCGUUAUGGCCUAUUUUCUGUUUUGGUAUCGUUUUUCAUUGUUUUGUACAAUGUUCUAUGUAAUUCUCUUUUCUUUCAUGAUGCCCUGCAAAUGCUAAAUAAAUAGUUUCAAGCAGGGGAAGAUAAUAGUACGGUGAGUGAAUUUAUUUGACAGCAUUGUAGUCAAGUACUAUUUUGAGUACUAAGGAUAAUCUCUGCCGAAUAUCAAACUGGUCAGGAGGGAAUAAUAGUGGAUUACAUGGGCAUUUGAUGGUGCAAGGGGAUAAAACAUAA